UCUAGCCACGGAUAUGAUUCGUCACAAUGAGAUUCUGAAUCAGUUCAGAUCCAUUCUGCCUGUAUUUGAUUUUAACAACAAAGAUCAUAAGGGUAUUCUUACAAUGAUUAUAAUAAAAGUCAGUGACAUUUCCAAUGAAGCACGGCCCAUGGAUGUGGCUGAACCAUGGCUGGAUUGCUUACUACAAGAAUUUUUUAACCAGAGUGACAUGGAGAAACUAGAAGGAUUACCAGUGACCCCAUUCAUGGACAGGGACAAAGUGACAAAGCCAUCAUCCCAAACUGGGUUCAUCCGCUUUGUUUUGCUGCCCUUGUUCAUUGAACUUGCAAACUUGUUCCCCAAUCUGGAGCACCAUAUUAUUGACCCUGUACACAAGGCUUUGGAUUACUACACAGAGAUGGAAAAAGCUCUGGAAAAGGAGAAGCUGAAUCGCACUGGUAGCUUAUUGAAUGAAAAGAUCGUGAAAUCUCCAGACAAACAGAAAGGAAGCCAAAGGAAUGCAGAACCGACGGUGAACAGCAUCUCAAACAAACCAAGAGCUUUUCAACCUUCGCAAAAAGUUGAAAAGAAAUAAGCAUAAAUUGGGAUGGCAACAGGUUUUAAUGGAGACUCGUGCUGAGAUGUUUAUUUGUUUGCUCCAAUAGUAGAUGCAUUGAGAAAAAGAUACCAGGACCGUAUAAAUCACAUCCAUCUCCUUUUGGCUAAGUGUGAGAACAGAUCCCAAUACUAACCUAACCAUUACCCACUGAUCUCAUCCACUGUGUAUGGGACUGCACUUAGAAAAGAUAAAACAAAUCACGAAUCCCAAACCCUUUCAUCAUUAUGGAAUAAUAGUUGCUAUGUUUUAUAUGUGAGUUGAAAUAAUGCGGUGAAUCGUGACAAUUACAUGUAUGC